AUGCCACAAACAUGCAUACCACCUUUGAUAGCAUAUGAAGCUGCUUUAGCCUUUUCGACAUCCCCUAAAUAUACUAAGAAAAGGGAAUUUAUCAAGGACAAACCAUUGUCAUCAUGUAUUAAUAAAUUGGUGGCGGAUGAUGUUGGUGUUGAUAGGAUUGGGGGGAAUAAGGAUGAUGCAGCUAAUGAAUUUGACCAGGGAUUUAAUGAAUUUGAUGAGGCAUGUAAAGAUAUUGACCAGGAAUUUAAUGAAUUUCAUGAGGCAGGCAAUCAUUAUGAGGUUCAUGAAGGCGGGGAUAAUGCAGUUAAUAAGGAAGUAACUAAAGAAGAGAAUCAUGACAGAAAUGAAGUGAAUGAUGAGAAUGUAGAGAUGAGAUAUUUUUCAGUUGAUGAUGGAAAUGAAGAUAACAUAGAAAUUGAUGAAGAGAAUCAUGAAAAAAGUGAUGAGUGUGAGGACAAUGAUGAUAGUUAUUUAUGGGUGGAUGAAGACAACAUAAUCCCUGAUGUAGAAGUAGAUAUGAGGGAUUUUUACAUGAGUAUAGAUCUUGAAGCAAAAUUUCUUGAAAAAGGAUUAUCAAAGCAUAGAGAUAAUGAGACUGAUGAGGUCAAUGAAGAGUUGGAUGUUAUAGAUAAUGAUCAAUGGGAUUCAUUAGAUGACGGUUCUGAUAUAGAUAGGAAAAGAAGAGUUGCUCUCAAGGUGAGAUACAAAAGGAAUAUAUUCGUUGUGAAAAACGACAAAAUGAGAUUAAGGGAAACCUGUAAAGGAACUGUAGCCUUUAAUGAUGGUCAUGUGGGUGAACCUACCCCUUGUCCUUGGGUGAUACAAGGUAGAGCAGUUUCAAAUAUGCUUCUAAAUAAUCUUUGUGAAGUUUUUAAUAGCAAAUUGAUUGAGGGAAGGGACAAGCCACUGAUAACCUGCUUGGAGUACAUUAGGGAGUAUAUGAUGAAUAGAAUAUGCAAUGUCAUAAAGGGUGCACUGCUUAUAAACAAGUUUGUUGGUCUACUAACCCCAUCUGCAACAAAUAUCAUGGAGAAGAAUGUCAAUUGGGCAUCUCAGUACACAGCUAGGUGGAAUGGGUCAGAUAAAUACCAAGUGCAAGGGCUAUGGCAGGAUCAACAUGUUGUUGACAUGAUUGAAAGAGUAUGCAGUUGUAGGAAGUGGGAAUUAAUAGGACUCCCUUGCAAGCAUGUCAUUGCAGUCCUAAAUGACAAAGUAGAUAAUGGUGAGGAACUUGGAGAGCUGCACACUUAUGCCCACAGGGUGCACUAG